AGUACAGAAACGAUGUCCUCAAGGCUGUUCAGCAAAUGCAACGUGCUUCCCGGAGGAUGUAUUUGAUGGAACUGCAAAGUGCAAAUGCAAGGAUGGUUACACUGGCAAUGGAAUUUUAUGCACAGGUAAAUCAUAUGGGAUCCAUGAUGGUUGUGAUGUUACUCUGAGUGUAUAUCCACACCGGGCAGGCUUGCAAAAUAUGCCUGGCCAUGGUGGGAAUCGACCCUACGACCUUUGGAAUACCAGCCCAAUGCUCUUCCAACUGACCUACGCGGUCAGGUCGGUUCGAGUAUGUGAUAUUUCGGAACAGAAUCUAGUUCCUUUGAUAUCAAUGAAAUCUAGUAAUCAUGAUUUUUUCUGUGUUGGUGUAAUGUACUCAAGUGAAUAUGAUGCUUGUGAUGUUACUCUGAGUGUAUAUCUACACCGGGCAGGCUUGAAAAUUAUGCCUGGCCACGAUGGGAAUCGAACCUACGACCUUUGGAAUACCAGACCUGACCGCGUAGCUCAGUUGGCAGAGCAUUGGGCUGAAGAUAUCAUGAGUCAUAUCUCCACACUUUGAUGCAUCGGUCAAAUCUCCACACUUUGAUGGUCUUCGGUCAUAUCUUCAUUCCCUGAAUCUCACGGAGCUAAUAUCAAAAGACGGUGAUAUUAAUUAACCAAGAUUGGCGCGACUGAAAAAUGCGUUACUUGCCGCGGUAUCGGAUUUUGUUCCCACGAAGAAACUUCAAACUCGAAACCAUCUCCCAUAUAUAAACAGUGAGAUUCUUCAUAACAUCAAGAAGAAAAACUCGAUAAGAAUGAGAAUAAAAAGAUCAUGUUCACUCAGUCAACACGUUAAAGAAAGUUUUCGAAGUAUUACGUAGAAAGAUCAAGCAAAUGUUACGUGAAAGUCAACUAAAGUACAUCAACGCAAUUUCAGUUGUUCGUCUCGUGGACAAAAUCCCAGACGUUUUUGGACAUUUUUAAAACAAAAACUAAAGUAUUGAAUAUUCCAGAAAAAGUUUCCGUGAAAGUGAGCAACACUGAAAGAACUUCUGCCAAUAACGCCGAAGAAAUUGCAAAUAUAUUCAACACGUAUUUCGCCUCUAUCUUUACGCAUGCAUGACUCCGAUAUUGAUCACCAACGACAACAAGAACAUACGGAAACUGACAUAAUAUUGGAAGAAAUAACAUUAACAAACACUCAAGUGAUGGCGGUGUUGAGAAAUUCGGAUAACAACAAAGCUCACGGCGUCGAUGGUGUUCCUGCGCGACUACUGACAGAAAAUGUGUUCCAGAUCACUCCUUCACUUCGCGCACUCUUCAACAAAUCAUUACGCUGUAGCAUUCUUCCUGAUGAUUGGAAAUUGGCUAAUGUCGUACCUGUGCAUAAGCGAGGUGAGAAAUCCUACGUAGAAAAUUAUCGACCAAUCUCAUUGCUUUAACUUAUCUCUAAAGUACUCAAACAUCAAGUAUUCCAACAAAACAACCCUUGUCAACUUAAUGAAGUAUUUGGAUAGAUAGGGCGCAAAUUGGGCAAUGGUGAACAAAUAUAGACGUGAUUUAUUUAGAUACGUCGAAGGCAUUCGAUAAAGUAAGUCAAACUAAUCUUCUUCAUCGACUACGCGAAUUUGGGUUUCGAGGAAACAUCCUGAACUGGUUCUCAUCGUAUUUCAGUAAUCGUCGUCAGCAAACAACGGUUCAUGGAGUAACAUCAAGACCGUUAGCCGUAACAUCCGGAGUGCCACAAGUUCGAUACUUGGCCUAUUGUUGUUCCUAUUGUACGAAAACCACCUCCCUAACACCGUGAACAAUUCAACUUGGUCAAUCGCACGGAAAUAGUACAAAGGCAAGCAACUACAUACAUUUUGGAUCUUCCUUUCUUCUGCGAUGUCAGUUACAACCGGAGACUUGAUAUGCUAAAGUUUGAUUCCUGUAUGUUACUGGCACUAAUUUCUUGAUAUGAUUUUCUUCUUCAAAUGCACUCAUGAGAUGAUAGUCAUUAACAACGACCUACUACCAACAAUCCGGAGUAGAGAAAGAGCUACGAGAUCUGCUGAUCCGAACUGUUUCAUGUUAAUAACAAAAAAAUGCAAGACUACAACAUACCAGAAGUCAUUCCGGACGAGAUCAACGAGACUGGAACAUUUUACCAAAAGACUUGACAGAUAAAACCACUACAUUUAGCGGAUUUAAAAGCGGACUUCUCAAACACUAUAAAUCUUCCAUACAAAAUGUUUACAACGCAAAGGAUCCGCGAACUUGGAAAUCUAUAUGUUUGUCUUGUAAUACGUCUCGUAACCUGUCUUGUCCCAUAUCGUGCUGUUGUUUUUGGGGAAGAAGCAGAAUUCUCUGUGAGCGCUAGCUGUGUUUAAAACCAGCUUGAAUAUUUAAAAAACGAUUAAAAUAUAAAUGUUCUGCAUGGUAUGAAUUUAGUAAGCUUGAAUAUACAGAAAUUUGUGUAUAAGGAGAAAUUGGUGAGGUGUUAACCCCGGAUAUUUUAAAGUUUGUUUGUCUUGGGUCGCUGUAGCGUAUAUCCAGCCUUGUCAAUGUACGUUUCGUUUGUGUUAAUGUGUAUUAGUCCAGUCAAUCUGUGACCAGAGGUCAAAGAAAUUGCAAUAGAAUUUUUUUUACUGGUAAAAUGUGCGGGAAGGUGUCCUUAUUAACAUACUAAAAAUCCAAAAAAGUCCCUUCGGUGGAAUAUGGUGAAAAUUGAGUUUUUCUUACUUCUACCUAUAGAAAACCACUGUGGACAGAAUGUUCAAAUUUUGAAAUCAUUUUUAGGCAAAUGUAACCUACAUUAUUGGAAAGCAUAAACAGAACUAUAUAGAGGUCAAUGAGACCGUUAUAUUCAAUUUACUAGCCAGUUUAUCGUUAUUCUAGCUCAAAGAUGGAAAAAUAGCGCAAAAUUUGCACAAAAUACAAAUUUAUGACAUUUUAAAUCUUGCAUAACUUCGGCUGGAUAGGCAAAAGCAAAGUAACCGUUUAAUUGAUUUAUAUUUAGUUUUUUCUAAGCUUUCCAAUAAUGCAGGUUAUAUUUGCAAAAACAUAAUUUCAAAAUUUCAACAUUUUGUCCGCAAUGGUUUUCUAUAAGUAGAAGUAUAAGAAAAACUCGAAUUUUACCAUGUUGCACCGAAGGGAUUUUUUUUUAUUUUUAAUAUGUUAAUCAGAACACCUUUUCUCACAUUUUACCACUGAAAAAAAUCUAUUACGAUUACUUUGAUCAAGACCAUGUACUUAUAGUGAUCUGAUUGGACUAUAUAUAGCAAGUGAUUUUAAGUUGAUUUGGCAAAGCCUGAUAAAUAAAUAAAUAAAAGUGUAUAUUUUUAAAAAUUAAAAAACAUUGCUUCGUGGCUAAUUUUUUGGUCUAGGCAUGUUCGUAGGCCUAUCAUAUGCAGAAUUGCUGUGCAGACUCGCAAUUGGUUUGGCAUUCGCAGGAUUAUAUUGAACGCUUUUUGCAUUCGAAACCUUUCAGAAAUACCAUUUAUUUUUUAAAAAAAGCAUGGUCAAUUAUUGUUUUGUUUUUAUCGUGUGGUUGCGUGGGGAGUGUUCACGUACUGGUCCCGCGAUCAUCCGGCAUGUUGCUGCAGGGAGCAUCCUUAAAUUUUGCUCCCGACCACUAAACGUCUUCAGUUCACAUUUUGAAGACUUUACAACCAAAUUCCCCCUAAACCUUUUCAAAACAAAAUUUUCCACCAUCAUUUUAGUUAUAGUACCGAAACCAUGUCCUCAAGGCUGUACGGCAAAUGCAACGUGCUUCCCGGAGGAUGUUUUUGAUGGCACUGCUCGGUGCAAAUGCAAGGAUGGUUACACUGGCGAUGGACUUUCUUGCACAGGUAAAUAAUAUAGGAUACUGCAUGUAUAGCCAAGUUUUUUGCAUGUUAUGGACUGGUAAAAACUACGUAGAAAAACCAUAGGCAAGCAUUGCUUCUCAUACGAAACAAAUUUGUAUAGUGAAGCAGAAUAAAAUCUUAUCAGUAAAGUAAACCAGGUUCCUUUUUUUAUAUAUAUAUAUAAUUUGGUGUAGAUGCGUAUCAAGCCUCUACUCUAGCCCCAUGCAUAACCAUGUUUGCUUGUAAUGUACACAAAAAAAAUAAUGUGCUCGGCAAUUCCGCCUGUCUUCGUGUCACAUUUUAUGGCAAGCCGUAACAGCAGAUUUACUAAUAAAAUACGGUUUAAAUUUCGCUCCCUAACACUAAUUACGCCUUCAGUCAUAUUUUGUAGUAUUUUUGUUCUUCGAGGAAAGACUUUCCAACCAAAUUCCACCUAAACCUUUUCAAAACAAAAUUUUCCACCAUCAUUUUAGUUAUAGUACCGAAACCAUGUCCUCAAGGCUGUACGGCAAAUGCAACGUGCUUCCCGGAGGAUGUUUUUGAUGGAACUGCUCGGUGCAAAUGCAAGGAUGGUUACACUGGCGAUGGACUUUCUUGCACAGGUAAAUAAUAUAGGAUAUUGCAUGUAUAGCCAAGUUUUUUGCAUGUUAUGGACAGGUAAGGACUACGUAGAAAAUACACAGGAAAGCAUUGCUUGUCAUACGAAACAAAUUUGUAUAGUGAAGCAGAAUAAAAUCUUAUCAGUAAAGUAAACCAGGUUCUUUUUUUAUUAUGUAAUUUGGUGUAGAUGCGUAUCAAGUCUCUAUUCUGAGCCCAUACAUAACCAUGUUUGCUUGUAAUGUACACAAUAUACGUGUAAUGUACACGAUAUUAAUGUGCUCGGCAAUUCCGUCUGCCAUCGCGUCACAUUUUAUGGCAAGUAACAGCAGAUUUACUAAUAAAAUACGGUUUAAAUUUCGCUCCCUAACACUAAACGCCUUCAGUCAUAUUUUGUAGUAUUUUUGUUCUUCGGGGAAAGACUUUCCAACAAAAUUCCCCCGAAACCUUUUCAAAACAAAGUUUUUCACCAUCGUUUUAGUUCUAGAACAGAAACCAUGUGCUCAAGGAUGUUCAGCAAAUGCAACGUGCUUCCCAGAGGAUGUAUUUGAUGGAAGUGCAAUGUGCAAAUGCAAAGAUGAUUACACUGGCAAUGGAACUUUAUGCACAGGUAAAUGAU